AUGACGGUCUUAGAGAGCCCCAGGCAGGGAUCCAGCAGGAGCCUGCCGAUCCAGGGCCCUUGCCUGAGCUACUGGCAGCGCACCACUCGGACUUUUCCUCAUUUAUUCGCCAACAGGAACAAGGAGGUGCCUGCCGGUUCCAAGUAUGUCAUCAUUGGUUCUGGGAUUUCAGGUGGCCUCGCCGCAUUCGAAUUACUCGAAGCCGGAGUCAAAGGCGACGACGUGAUCAUUCUGGAGGCGCGUGAAGCUGCCAGCGGGGCGAGUUCACGGAAUGCGGGCCAUGUCCGACCAGAUGCAUUUCGAGGGUUCAAUGCCUAUACCAAAGUCCAUGGUACAGAGCAAGCGUUGAAGAUCAUCGCCAACGAACGACUCGUCUUGGAAAAAGUGGAUCAGUUCGUGAAGACGCAUAACGUGCCAUGCGACUUUAACUUGACCACCACCUUCGAUAUCUGCAUGACACCCGAGUUUGCUAAAUACGAAGCCGAGAGUCUCGAGCAAUACAAGCAGGCGGGGGGUGACAUAUCACACAUCAAAGUCUACGAAGGCGAUGAAGCGCGGGCAAGGAUCCCCGAUGCGGUUGCCGCGUAUGAAUGGCCCGCGGGAUCGAGUCAUCCCGCAAAGCUAACACAAUUCUUGUUACAGUCGGUUAUCGAGAGGGGUGCUCGGUUAAUCACCUUCUGUCCGGCCAGCGAGGUGAAGCCCAGUAGUAAAACUGAUAAUGGCGCUAAUCUGUGGGACGUUCAUACCCCGCGUGGAAUCAUUACGUGUGAGAAGAUCAUCCAUUGCACCAAUGCGCACGCUGCCCUUUUGCUACCCGAGUUGGACAACUAUAUCCGGCCCAAUCGGGCCCAGGCGCACUCGCUAGUUCCUACCCCAGGUCUAGCCGCAGAGAAUGCUCUGCAGAGCACCUUUUCCCUUCGAUAUAGCCUCUACCACUUCUACUCUCUAAUCCAACGCAAGGACGACGGCACUCUUGUGCUAGGUGUGUCUCGCUCAAAUCCGACGCUCAGCCCAGAGACAACGGCUAGUCGCUUCAGCACCGACGACUCAUCCUUUAAUCAGGAGAUAGCAGUGGAUGCUAUGCGUAGUCUGGGAAGAAUAUUCCCUGAUUUCCAAGCAGACGCCCAACACACCAUGCAUGGCGAAGGGCUAGACCACUCUUGGACUGGUAUCAUUGCGAUGACGACGGAUUCGGUCCCUUUUGUCGGCCCGAUUGAUUCUUUACCGGGCCAGUAUAUCUGCGCAGGGUUCAAUGGACAUGGCAUGGCCCGUAUCUUUACGUGUGCCCCGGGUGUGGUGAAGCUUGUCCUUGGGCAUGAAUGGAAGGAGACGGGCUUGCCUGAAUGCUUUCAAUUCAGUCAAGAGCGACUGAAUCGGCUAUCUCGUGGAGAUCUUCCCUCUAUCUGGUAA